GCAAAAAGGUAACAUUGUUGACCCUGAACAUUGUCCUUUCCGCAAUGCACAGAGGUACUUAAGAGAGGUUAAGCACACAUACACACACAAUCAGUGGCACCAUGAGUAUGCAGUCAAAGAAGCAGUCACCAAGGAGUUUAAUCUCCACCAAACCCUUGGAGCAGGAAAUUGACCAGACUGUGACUCCAAACAACAAUAAGAACAAGAGUGAAUACAGGAAUUUUGAGAAUGGAAUUCUCCAAGACCGGGUUUUGAAGACAUAUCGACAGAUGCACACCUACCAGACUGUAGAGUUUGUGAAGAGAAAGAUUUCUCAGUGGGCCCCUUGUUUGCAGGCUGAGAUGACAGUGAUGGAAGCUCUGGAGGAGCUUGACUAUCUAGUUGAUGAAUCUGACCCUGACGUGGAUUUUCCAAACUCUUUCCAUGCCUACCAAACUGCAGAGGGACUCAGGAGGAUUUAUCCCAGCCUGGACUGGCUGCACCUGGUUGGACUGCUACAUGAUAUUGGAAAAAUCCUCAUAAGCUGGGGCGAGCCACAGUGGUGUGUGGUUGGAGACACUUACCCAGUCGGGUGCAAGUUCCAGGAUUCCAUAGUUUACAGGGAUACCACAUUUGCAGACAAUCCUGAUCUUAAGGACCCGAGAUACAGCUCGCUUUAUGGGAUUUAUGAGCCUAAUUGUGGUUUGGAUAAAGUGCUGAUGACGUGGGGCCAUGAUGAAUAUAUGUAUAAUGUGCUGAAAGCUAAUGGAUGUAAACUUCCUGAAGAGGGACUGUACAUUAUCCGCUACCAUUCAUUCUAUCCCUGGCACACCAAGGGAGAUUACAUGCAUCUCUGUAACAGCAAAGAUCUGAAGAUGCUGGAGUGGGUUAAAGAUUUCAAUAAGUUCGAUCUGUACACCAAGAGCACUGAUUUACCUGAUAUAAAGAAGCUACAGCCCUAUUAUCAACAACUGAUUGACAAGUAUUGUCCUGGGAAAUUACGUUGGUAACCAGUGGAACACUCUCCUGGGAGAUGAUCGAAAACAGCAAGUAUGAGUCACAAUGUACUGAAGAAGCAUAUCACUGCAGCUGUUAGAAAUCUGAAAUAGCAACACAGCAGUCAGAAAUCAUCUGUGCAAUGAAAAAGAUAGAGUAUAUGAUAUUGAUUAAAGAUUUUGAACUGCAUUCUGAAACCAAUGAUGACCUUUAGAUUUAGAUCAAUAAAUGUUCAAAAUUCACGCAUUUCCAAGAAACACCUUGCUCUCAAAUGAAAAUAUUGCCCAUGUUCCACAGUUUUAAGCUUAUCCUGUUAUUUAGCUUUCAGUAUUAUGUUUUACCAGUAAUUCAUCAACCCAGUGCCUUUCUAAACACCACUGCUGACAGAACCCCUGCCUCUGCUAUUUCUCUCCUCCAUCUGACAUCAAGCCCAAGAACAAACUUUGGAACAAGCAAGAACCUUGAAGAUAAAAACAAAUGUUGAUUAAUAUGAAGUUUCUGAUUACUUAAAAUACUAUUCUGAAUUUUACUGGUAGCAGUAGGAAGAGAGGUACACAAAACUUUGGAAAACACAAAUACUCCAAUGCUAAAUUUAUAGGACCCACAACUUUCCAGUUACAAACAGCACUGUUGAUGUGCAACAUCUUCAACCAAGUGGAUGAAUAGCUCAAGAAAACAUUCAUCUGGACUAAGUGAUGAUGUGUCAUAAAAUGAGGAAUUGAUGUCAGGUAACUAUCGUGGAAUGCAACGCAUCAUUUCUGUUUAGCAGCUUUUCAACUGCACUAAAAAAAUUAAAAAUCAGUAAGAUGGAAGAGAUGGAGAUAAUGAAGGGAAUGUAUAUGAGGGGUGGACACCAUGCAAAUUUAAAUAUAGGUAGUGGUGGUACCUACAGAAAAUGUAAAAUAACAAUUUACAACAGGAAGUAUUGGAAACUGAGGCACAAAAUACUAGAAAGCAAAUCUCUACACCUGCUAGAAAUCUGAAAUAGAAAUAGAGCACAAGAAACACUUACAAGAUCAGAUGGCAUCUGUGGAAUGAGAAAAAGAGUAAAUCAUAUUGACUAAUGCUUUUGGAUUUCACUGAAAGAGGCUAAAGACAGGCUAGAAUCAGAGUGCAUUUAAGAAUCAAAGUGAGGGGCAUCUAGAAGUUCAGGAUGCAGGACAACAGAAUAAUAUAACAGAAGAGGAGGCAUGGGGGAAGGAAGCUGAAGGUAGUUUGACAUGAGGACAAUUCUAAUGUCCCAUAAAGACACAAAAAAAUCCCAUGGCUGCAUUUUAUAUUUUGAUGCUGUGGAUGCAGUUAAAUGAGUUGUUCAAAGUGAGAACAAGUUCAACUGGGAAAGAGAGCUAAUGCUGGUGGAGACCAAUUUGAGAGAAAGGCCCCCAGGACCUUUGAAAAAGAGGUUGAUAUCAAUGAUUUCUGGGGAGACUAAGUUUGUAAUAGAGCAAUUGCCUCUUAACAGAAUUCUCUUUAACUUAGUCUACUUGAACACUAAACCAACAGUUGGUUCAGUAGAAAAAUUUUUGACUACACCAGAGAAAUGAUAAAGUGCCUUCCUUCAGUCCCCACUGGAGGGUGCAAGCUGCUGCAACAUUCAUUCACCUCCUUAUGUGGUAAGGCAUCCAUUCAGUGUUUGGAGCACCAAUGAUAGUUUUCCUCACAAGCAUUGUCAGAUGAAGAAAGUAGGGCAUCAGCAUGGUGCAUGUCUGAAAUUGACUCUGUUCAUGGUGAAGAUCAGAAACUGCAUUAAAAUGUGAAGUUUAUAACUGAAAAGUAGAUCUUGAAUCUCCAACAGCACCUGGUAUAAACUUGAACACCAUCAGAAUUAUUGUCUUGACUAUUCAUUCCCUUUACCACUGGUGCACUGUGGUUGCCAUGUGUAUCUUCUACAAGACUGUCAGCAACAUACCAAAGAAUCUUUGAUAACACAUCCUGAACUUACAGCUUCUGCAAAGAAUCAGAUAUAUACAAAUACCACAUUUCCUUCAUAUUACAUCCUACCUAGGAUUGGAAAUAUAUUCCAGAUAUGUAGAUUUAGAUCACUGGAUCGAAAUCCGAGAGCUGCCUUCUAGGAGUUUCUUUGCUGGAUGGACUUCAAUGAUUCAGUUUGUGGGUUACCACCAAUGUUUCCUCUAAUGUGAACAUACCAAUGUGUACAAAAAUAUUGUGCUGUGCAAUUUUUGCCCAGUGACAUGUGCAUAAUGAAUAAUUCCUUCAAUUAAAAACAGUAUAGAUAAGCCAGUUCUAAAGUCUGCAGACAAAUCAUUGCAAACUCCAUGUUGUCAACACCACUCACAUCAGAAACCAUAAAAGGUAAUGUGUUUGUUCACAAUUGUGUAAUAUACUUAACAUGCCUGCGAGGUAGAUGGGACAACCUUUUGUGCACAACUUAAGUUUCUUUGUAUGCCAGUAGCGAAAGGUGUGUGCAUACUCACAUCUAAGAAGGAACAUUGGUUACUGCCACUUCUUAAGAACAAACAAGGUUGGAUAAUAAAUGUUGCUAUGUCAUCAGUGAUCAUGUACUAGAAGUGAAUGAAAUAAAACAUUUCCCUAGCUUUUUUCUUA